AUGCAGGUGCUCUGCGACGUCUGCGGCAGCGCGCCGGCCGCCGUGCUCCGCUGCACUGGCGAGGCCGCGCUCUGCUCCGCCUGCGACCGCCGCGUCCACCGCGCUGACAAGCGCCGCCGCAUCCCGCUCGUCCAUCCCUGCGGCGACGACUCCACCGCCGCCGCGCCGCUCUGCGACGUCUGCAAGGAGUGGAGGGGCCUCGUGUUCUGCAUGGAGGAUCGCGCCAUCCUGUGCCCCGAUUGCGACGACCCCAUCCACAGCGCCUACGACCUCACCGCCAAGCACACCCGCUUCCUCCUCGUCGGGGCCAAGCUCUCCGCCACGCUCGUCGACCAGGCGCCCCCCUCCCCUGACGACGAUGAUGACGACGACGACGUCGCCAAGCCCGACGCUGCCCCCGCCGCCUGCGCGGCCAAGGCCUAUCGCGAAGAAGCUCUUCCCCAUAGUCGCAACCAUGACAAACCCGUUGUUCUCAAAGAUCUACGAUGGGUAGGGGCGAAUCUGGCGGCCACAGAGGAGACAGAGUGGGCGACGCGUGGUCACGGAGGAGACGGCCCUUGCAGCGGCACCAUGGAGGCGGCGCACAGUCGAAAAGGUUUGUGUGGGAACCGACGGAGGGACGUCGCGGCGAUCGAAAGAGCCAGCAGAGAUGCGCGCUGCAACGACAGGACGAGGGAGAGAGAGAGGCAGAGGGAGGAGGUGAGGCUGGUCAGGCCGGCGGCGAGCAGAACGAUGGGAUUUGCAGGGAGGCAACGAUGUCAUCGGAGGGAGUAG